AUGGAAACUGCGAGCAAUGAAUCUGCAAAACCAGAGUUGGAUUCCAAUCAAGAUUUAUUGGCUAAAGAUGAAGCAAAGGCUCAAGGUGUUGUACUUCAAGAUGAUGGAGCAUUGAAAGACAGCACAGAAGCAGAGCUCAAGAAAAUCAGUCUCAUGAGAACUCUUGUUGAAGCCCGCGACCCUUCUUCUAAGGAAGUAGAUGAUUUGACGAUUCGAAGAUUCUUGAGAGCUCGUGAUUUAGAUGUAGAGAAAGCUUCAGCUAUGUUUCUCAAGUACUUGAAAUGGAAGCAUUCAUUUGUUCCAAAUGGGUCUUUUUCGCCUUCGGAGAUCCGUGAUGAUCUUGCACAGGAGAAGAUGUAUGUUCAAGGAGUGGAUAAAAAGGGUCGACCUAUAACUGUUGCAUUUGCUGCUAAACAUUUUCAAAACAAAAAUGGUUUAGAAGCAUUCAAAAGAUAUGUAGUUUUUGCGCUCGAGAAACUAUGUGACAGGAUUCCAGCAGGGGAAGAAAAGUUUCUCGCUAUUGCAGAUAUUAAGGGAUGGGGAUAUGUAAACAGUGAUCUUCGCGGAUACCUUGGCGCUCUAACCAUUCUACAGGAUUAUUAUCCAGAGAGAUUGGGAAAAUUGUUCAUAGUUCAUGCUCCUUACAUGUUUAUGAAAGUAUGGAAACUUGUUUAUCCUUUCAUUGAUGACAAUACCAAGAAGAAGAUAGUAUUUGUGGAGAACAAGAAGCUGAAAUCGACUUUGUUAGAAGAGAUCGAUGAGAGUCAGCUCCCAGAGAUAUAUGGAGGCAAACUUCAACUAGUUCCAAUACAGGAUUCAUGA